UUUUUUUUUACCUCAGUCCCGCGUGCAAAGUUUCAAAAUGUCAAAAUACCUGCUGAUUUUUGUGUUAAUUAUGAAUAUCGCGUGUAGUUUUUAUUGCGAUGCUACGGGUAACAAAAAACAAGGUCCAGCCAUGGCAUUGCUUCGUUCGAGCGUCGAGUCGAAAUCAAGGAUUCCAAGGUCUGUCGAAAAUAAUAAUAUUUUCGCCCCCAUAUUGACGGCCAUCGAUGCAACAGCUUUGCCGAUAAAAAGCGUGCUAAAGUCAACGUUUAACCGAUUCGUCUCCGUUGCCUGGCACCUCAUCAAGAAUUACGUACUCCCACUGUUGGACGAUUCCAUAACCGUUUCGCGCAAAUCGAAUUUGAUGCCCGAAUUCAUCCUCAAGUAUCUCGUUCAAUUGCAAACAGCCUACCACAUAUUGAAGCUCUUCCACAUAAUUUAACAUCAUUUGUAAGCAGUACAGCUAAAUGGAAUAUAUAAAUAA